UCCCUGUUCACCAGGCCAGUGUCAAGUCCCUCCAUCUACAAUGGAUUCAACAACACUGGUCUAUGCAGAUUUAAACCUAGCCAGGAUCCAAGAACCUAAGCAGGAAUCACCCCCAUCUCUUUCCCCAGACACCUGUCGCUGCCCUCGCUGGCAUCGGUUGGCUCUGAAAUUUGGCUGUGCUGGCCUCAUCCUUCUUGUGCUGGUCGUGAUUGGACUCAGUGUCUUGGUGCUAUCAGUACAAAAAUCAUCAGUACAAAAAAUCUGUGUGGAUGUUCAAGAGAACAGAACAACAAAUACAACAGAUUGUUCAGCUAAGCUAGAGUGCCCACAAGACUGGCUUUCACACCGAGAUAAGUGCUUUCAUGCUUCUCAAGUUUCCAACACUUGGAAGGAAAGUCUAGCUGACUGUAAUAGAAAAGGAGCCACUUUGCAGCUUAUUCAAGACCAAGAAGAACUGAAAUUCCUACAGGACUUAAUAAAGAAGGAAUACAAUUCAUUUUGGAUUGGACUAAGUUACACAUUGCCAGACAUGAAAUGGAAGUGGAUAAAUGGCUCAACUUUAAAUUCUGAUGUAUUAAAAAUCACUGGUGACACUGAAAAUGGCAGCUGUGCCGUCCUCUCGGUGGGGGAGGGCAAAGUGAUUUCUGAGAGCUGUGCUUCAGACAACCGUUGGAUCUGCCAAAAGGAACUAAACCGUGAAACCCCGUGUAAUGACUCCUGACUGUGAAUCCCAUCCCGAUUACUUUACCAUCCGCACCAGAUCUCUGCACCUAACCUGUCUCUGCUGUCUGCCUCCCAGUGCAGUUAGCGACACAAAGCAUGGACUCUGAAAACACUGGGAUUUUUGAAGGUUCCUCGUUGUAUAAAUGGAAGUGUACACAGACACAGAUGUGCCGUUCUAAGAGGAGUUCUGUGGAAAGAAGCCCUGGUAGCUGAGGGGCACCUGAUUUUAAUCCUUGAGUCUGUGUGACCUUUGCUGGUCUCUGUCCCUGAGGUCACCUGCAGACAGCCUCGGAAGACUAUUGGGGAAAUCUCCGUCUCUCCCCUGUCC